GUCAGCUGGAAGGUGGACAUCAGUCAGUACAUCUCCUAUCUUAUCGAAUACAUCGAAGCUUUAUAGCCAAACAAACAACAAACCAAACAACCAAAAAUGUUCUCCAAAGUGAUGAUCGUCGCCCUGUUAGCUGUGGUUGCCAGCGUAAGUGCCAAGCCAGGUGGUCUUCUACCAGCAGCUCCAUUCGCCUACACUGCCGCUCCUCUCGCCUACUCUGCACCGUUGGGCGUCGCUCCAGCAGCUGUUCCGGCCGUCGCCUACACUGCCGGAUACGCUAAUGUGGGAGAUUCGGCCGUUGUCACAUCGCACAACUCGCAGGUUAUCAAUCCGGCCUAUGCCGCCUAUUCGGCCGCUCCUUACGUGUCCGCUUAUGCCGCCGCUCCUGCUCUGGCUUCUCCAUUCGCCUACAGUGCACCUCUUGCCGCUAAAUACGUUCUGUAGAUAGGAUCUCAACUUGCGUUAUAAUAUGUCAGACGAAUAAAGACAAACUACGCUUUUGCACUGGAGGAAGUCGAACCGCCCCAAAA